GUCGAGCAGCGGCAGUGCAGGGAGAGACUCCCAUGGUGUGUGACGGAGGCCGCUAUGGCCGUUGAUAACCGCUCAGCCUCGGCCCUUUUUAAGAGGGCCGAGCAGUUAAGGCGUUGGCAGGAGAGUGAAACAAAUAAAACAGAGAUUAUUGAUAAUAAUAGGCCUAGGAAAGUGAAUUUUAGUGAUGGCUGCAUCUUUUUAGCAGCGUGUGCUGCAGGGGACAAGCAAGAAGUGUUGCGGCUUUUGGAGAAGGGGGCCGACAUAGACACAGCCAAUGUGGACGGCUUAACGGCGCUUCAUGCGGCAUGUAUAGACGACAAUUUAGACAUGGUGGAGUUCCUGGUGGACCAAGGGGCGGACGUCAAUCGGGGGGACAUGGAGGGGUGGACGGCGCUACACGCCACCGCCUCCUGCGGGUUCAACAGUAUAGCCAAGUUCCUAAUAGACCGGGGAGCAGAUCUCUCCUUAGUGAACAACGAUGGUGACCUAGCCAUCGAUAUAGCAGAUUCAGAUGAAAUGGAAAGUUUAUUACAACGAGAAAUAGAAACUAGGGGAAUUGAUUGUGAUGCUUCUCGAAAUGAAGAGGAGCGGCGAAUGCUAGAAGAUGCUCAGAUGUGGCUUGGUGCUGGUUACCUUGCUGACAGACCUCACCCAAAGACUGGGGCUACAGCACUUCAUGUAGCAUCAGCAAAAGGUUACAUCAAAGUUAUGAGUUUAUUGUUAGAGGCGGGAAGUGAUAUCAAUGCUCAGGACCUUGAUGGAUGGACACCUCUCCAUGCUGCUGCCCAUUGGGGUCAGAGGGAAGCUGUAGAAAUCUUAGCAGAAAAUAUGGCUGAUAUGGAUGUUCGGAAUUUUGUGGGUCAGAGUGCAUUUGAUGUUGCAGAUAACAGUUUAUUACGUCUAAUGGAUGAACUCAAGAGAAAACAGGUUUCUAUGAAAGUAACCCAAAAUAAACAGACCCCGAGAAAGCGCAAAACCUCCCCCCACCGAGAACAUAGUAAUAAGAAGGAGCGCGAAGACCAGCGGGAGUCUGAUGGUACGUCUGGUGAUGAGUCCUCAUCUGAUGUGGAGAAGAAAAAUAAGGUGAACAAGGAGAAUGCCACCCCACAGAUCAUCCCCACAAGUGUAUUAUCUGAAAAGAACAGCAGCCGGGCGCUUCCUCAGGCCCGGGCUGACAGUACUAUGGAUGAGUCAGAAGUUCAGUCUUGGAGAAGACCUUCCUCACUUCGCAAGACUAUCUCAGAUGACAAAAACCAAAAAGAAGAAGUAUCUCGCAACAUAUCCACGCAACCACGGCUGAGCACCAGAGAAUCGGAAGACAUACUAACAGGGAAGAGAGCCCCAGAGAAGGAUGAAAGCUCUCUGAGCGUCACCCGAGAGAGACUCAAGGCGCGGUCAUGCCCAGCUCUAAGUCAGUUGGAGGAGGAGGAAGGAAGGGAAGGAGGAGGAGGAGGAGGGGGGGCGCAGGUGUUUCCCCGACCCCGCUCACGCCUGGGAGUGAUUACCUCCUCUUCCACCUUGUCGUCACCCUCAUCCUUAGCCAUGUCACAGCGCCUGUCAUCUUCAGACAUGAACCUUCCUACUGUUCCAAAUAACCCUAGUUCUUCCAAACCUCACAUAUCCAUAACCAAUACCCAGUUACCGAACCCUGCCUUUGAGGCAUUUGUUCCCAACCUUAGUCCAGUGUCCUCUCCUGUGAAAACAGCAGAUAUCACCAUCACACCUCCACCACCCAUUUCUGAUAUACCUACAGUUAAAAAUACUAAUAUUAAUAAGAAUGUAAAUACAAUAUCAUCAACAGAAACAUGUAAUUUAUCCACCUCUGUAGCAGAUACACCAGUAUCAGUAACACCUCAUCCAGUCAUAUCAUCUUCCACAAGUCCAACCACCACAGUCACCAACAAUACGACAUCCACUUUAAGUCCCACUCCAACUUCAAGUCCGACUCACAGGCCUUUGGGACAGUCACUCUCAACCCCAGUAUUACCAGGCUCAUCCCCAUUAUUACCAUCUGCGCCAUCUGCGUUAACCCCCUCCUCCUCCAUGGUUACUACCUCCACCUCCACCACCACCAUCACCACCGCUGGCCUGGCCUCUCUCUCUACUAACCAAACUACUAACAACAAGGACCCCCGGCUGCUGGCACGGUCCGCAUCCCUGAGAGAAAGAAUUCAGAGGAAUCAUGUGGACAGCAUGGCGCGUGUCACUCUGCCUCAGGAGCCCAACGUGUCCACCAGCUCAGUUGUCACCACCAAUGCUUCACCUCCUGCGCGCACCAUAGGAAGCAACGUCACCACUCUUACAACUAAUGGGGGACUGAAUGCUAUCCCUCCACCCCCCAAAAAUGCCCCAACUCUUGUCAUCCCCCCCAAACAACCCAACCAGAACCAGCUCCCCUCCCCCACUUCCCCUACAUCCCCACCCCUCUCCUCUCCCACGUCCUCAGCCUCCUCUGCCAUCACAUCCCCAUCGGCCUCCACCUCUUCUUCUCCUGCUCCUCCUCCUCCUUCCACAGCCUCUGUAGCUUCCCAACAGCCACUUACCAAUGCUCAGCAGCAGUCCCCCUCGGCAUCCAAAAUGAGUCCGAGCAGUGUGAUUAAGAAUUUCUUCAAGUCGUUUGUGCCGCCGAGUCGUGAUGAGGAGAGUGAGACUCAGAGGAAGGCCCAUGCCAAGAUGGUGCGAUCGACUCGAAGGUCCACGCAGGGAGUUACCCUAGAAGAUAUCAAAUCUGCCGAGCAGCUCAUGAAGAACAAGCAGCAGCAACAGCUUCAGCAGCAGGCGCCUACAUCUAGUCCAGAGUCCAAGGAAUCACCGUCCUCCACUCUCACUGUGUCCACCCCCACCACACAAGGCACACCCACAACUACCCCAUCUUCACCCUCAUCCAAGCCAAAGCCCGAGUCACCCACCAAACCCGAAGAAGAGGAGCGUCGGCCUUCCUGGAGGCUGAAGGUGGAUGAGACUGAUAAGAAUAAGUUUUCAUUGGAAAAUGUUCGAUCAAAAGACAAACCUGAAGUUGAAAAUGAUGCGGAAUCAGUCACGGUUCCACUACGUAAAAAGAAUUCUGAAGAGAAAGCAGAUGAAGAUAAAGAUAGCGAACGCGUAUCACAAACGCGGGAGGGCACCCAGGCCGCAAUCCAACGACGAAAAAAACCCAAGAGGCGCUCCACGGGCAGGGUGCAAGUCAACAUGGAUGAGAUUGACCCUGAGAAGAGAGCACAGCGCUUGGCCGAGCAACAGCAACAGCCAGGUGAUGAAGGCAGCGAGGAGGAGGAGGAAGAGAAAGAUUCGGUAAGUGUAGGCCUAUGCCGCCCUGAUGAAGUAACGUGCCGCUGCACCUUUCCCCUGGUAAGUGACGAUUUGGCUGAUGGCGUCCCAGGUACCGAGGUAACGCUCAGAUCUGUCAGCGAGCGAGGGGAGGCAUCCAAAGGAUCGACCACAUCUCUGGGAUCGACUAUCAAUAGUCGUCCUUCAUCAAGGGCUCCUUCCCUUGGACCAGAGAAUGGCGACAUCGAUUACAAGAAGUUGUAUGAGGAACAGCUGGAAGAAAACUUCAGAGUUCAUGAACGCCUUCGAGACACAGAGUCUGAGCUGCGGCAAACACGAGAAGCAAUUGAUCUCAACAAUAAGAAGAACAACACACGUCUUGCGAUGGCCGAGGCGGACAAGCGGGAGAAGCGAGCCCUCGAACGCAAACUCUCGGAGAUGGAAGAAGAGUUGAAGCAAUUGCAAAAACUUAAGGCCGAAAAUGAAAAGUUGAAGGCUGAAAACCGAGCCUUGACUCGGGUGGUGUCCAAAUUGACCAAUUCAGCCACAUCGGGCAUGGGUAACUUGGCCACCUUGAGCAAAUAGUUGCUGGAACAACUGAAGCAGGAGAAUCAGCGUUUGAAGGAUGAAAAUGGGGCACUCAUCCGCGUGAUCAGCAAACUGUCAAAGUAGUGAACACUCAGCUGUGAAUGUUGCUGCAGAAGGAUGCUGCAGAUGAUUUGGUCUUCUGAUGAGAACCCCUCAAGCUGCAACCCAGUUGUUAUAUAACUCUAGAGGAACUCUUUGGAUGUUCUAAAGCUUUCCUGCAAAACUGUGGGUGACUGUCAAGUCUUGCUGGGUGUUCUUCUUGCUAUUUAAGAAGUCCUUGUAGCUAUUCAAUAAGCUGGCUCACUGCCCAUGGCAUAUUCUAGGCUUAUCCAGUCACCAGAGUCUAGUGCCCAAGUAAAUGUUGUCACUGUGUGUAGGCCCAGUAUAUAUGGUGUAGGUGUUCAUACUGUGCCUCGUUAAUUGGCUGGUUUUAGUCUCAAAGCCUGAUGAAACAUUGUUAAUCUGAGAAUCAUGUUCCCUCAAAAACAAAAAUAAAUAGUAAUAAUAAUAAUAAUAAUAAUAAUAAUGAUAAUAGUAAAGUUAUAUAUUGUUAAGUACUUAAAGUAUUGAUUGUUAUAAUGUGUUAGAAAUGUUAAUGCAUUUACAAUGCCAUUAUUAGUUGUUACAGGAAUCAAGCACUUUGGAAUAAUGAUGUCCAGAUUAAAGAGUUUCACUACAUAAUAGUUGCUCCUGAUGAUAGUGAUAGACAGGGAGAAGUUAGAGAGUGUAUACCUUUUAUGCCUAGUGGAUGCUGGCUGAGACAAAGUAACUAAUGAAGAGUCUCACUGCCAGGCUGAGAUGUGAAACUUUAUGUAAAGGAGUUCAGCCAUUGGAAGGGUUUCACCACGUCAAAACAACUCUUUUUGUAAGUGAAUUUGAGUCAGAAUAACUGCAUUGUGAUGGCUCAGGCUCACAGUUCAUGUCAUAAAGACAUUCUUGUUGUCCUUGUAACUUAGGACUGGUGUCCCAGCAGGCUAGACGAGUAGUCUGACUUGCAUGGAAAGAAUCCCAAUGACACACUCGGCCAGUGGCUCCACCUUUCCCCAAAGCCAAGUAAAACGGAAAUUUAAAGUAUAUUUGUGUGUUUUGCUCUUGUUGUCUAAGCUUCACAUUUUCCACAAACUUUCCUAGUACUUUCAUUAUUUUAUUUUUUAUUUUAUUUUUUCUUUUGUAAUUACAAAUACACUUUUAGUAUUGUCAGAACGUACCAGUAGCCAUUGAUUGGCUUAAAAGGAUGAACCUUUGUUGUCUGAGACCCAACACAUCAAUGGCCAAGGCCAGUUCUGCUUUAGCUCUGUGUCCUACAGUCAGUAUUUGCUUGUACAGUGCCCAUGCUGGAUGUGUGGAAGAUCUGCUGUACAUUUGAGCAGUGAUGUGUGAUUUGAGAAUUGUAACCACUGUUGAUAAGUAAUUGGUGUAUAUAUUAUUAAAACUGGCCUUGUCAGUCACCAAAGCUACAAGCCAGAUUGCUCUUUACUUAAAUGUUUAGCUUAUGCAUUUUCAAAAAGUCAUGGUUACAAUCCUCAGGAACUUAACUGAAAAGCAAUGCUAAAAGGCACAGAAAUUCACUCAGUGCUGGAUGUAGAUUUGAACGUAAACCAGAAAUCUUGUUGAUAACCAUGUAUAUUCAAAGGUGUACAUAGAAAUGUCAAAUCCAUAGCAUAAAUGCAAUCAUGAUUAUAUAUAUUAUGUAAUGAAACAUUGACCUUAAUAAUAUUUUCUCACAUAAUACCAGGUUUGCAUUAAGGCUCUGUCAAGUGGAGAGCAUUUGUAUCUUUUCUUUUUUCCACCUUUAUGGUGUUCACGGUAAUGUUUUGUGUUUAAGCUUUUUUUUUUUUUUUUUUUUUUAUAUAUAUAAAAGAUGACAAAAGUCUUGAUUCUCAGUUCAAAUUUUCUUUACCAGGUCAUUGACUUCCACUUCAAGAAUAGUCUGGUGAAGAAAUUAUAUAAAAAUAUAUAUAUAUAAUCUAUUUAUUUUUUAUUAUUUAUUCUCAUUGCUUGAAAGUAUCUUCAAUCUGCUAAAUAAGAUAAAGUGUAACUGUGAUUUGAGAACAGUUAUGAAAUCAAGAAUAAGGUUGCCCAUGUUUUGCCAACAUGGUAAUUUUCCUUUAUCAUAUAGAAAAAACACACAAAUAAUAAUGUAAUUGAUUUUCAUACUGCUAUGUAAAUGGUUAAUAUCUUCUGUAAGAUUUUCCCAAUUGAAAAUUCUAAAUGCUAAAACUGCUAUGAUUGUGAACCAAGUGUAGUAAUAUACAUUUUGCAAAACGAUUGGAUCUUCUGUUACUCAGAUGGGUAAAGAAAAAGCCCUUAUCUUUUUCACCACUUCAAUUUUCUUUAUUUUUCUUUACUGUGUUAAAACAUGAUAUUAUGUAGUGUUUAUUGAACAAAAUAAUUAAUCUCAAGUUGGUCAUGAUUUGCUGCACAUCACCAAAGCAAUAAAGCAAUAAUGCUCUAACAGGAUUCUUGUUUUAAAAGGAAAUGCGUUAUAUGAAUUGGCUUCAUCUUUUUCCAAUCUUUUGUGACAGAUACACUUUUCUUUAGGUCAUAUUUAUGCUCUCUUAUGGUGAUUGUCAGUAAUAAUUGCAGAAAACAGCAGAUUAAGAUCUCUGCAAGUGCCUUAACUGAAAGCAGAUGUUACCAUGUAUAUAUUAUUUUUAUGAUUGAUUUGAGUGUUAGUUUAUCAUUUCCAGUUGAGAAAUCAAUAACAUCUGUUACUUUUUUUUUUCUAUGAUAACUAAUAACGAGCCAAGAAAACAUAAGGAGAAGGUCUAAUAAAUGUCAUCGUAGUCAUAUAAUUGCUGAUGAGAUUCUGUGCCUUUGUUGAUAGAUUGAACAUGAGCUCAUUUGAGUAUGUGAAGACUUGCCUUUGUAUGCGCUGUUGUAAUCUAGAAAGUGUAAAAUAGCUUGCUGUAAACAUGCCUCUUUUGUAAAGCAAAAAGUGUAAACUGACACAAAGGUUAGUUUGAGAUAAAAAAAAAAUAACAAAAAAAAAAUCAUAUAUGUUAAUUUUUAUAAUCACUUAGAUUAUGCCAUGAUUAUUUAUGCAUGCUGGUCAUUGAAGAACAGAAGCAUUGGUAGCAGAUGAAUUUGGUAUUAUUCUUUGGCCUUGUGCAUUAAUAAUGUUGGUAUGAUUACCAAGUGAAAAUUUUGUAGAAAAGCCUAGUCAAAGACAGAUUACCUUUGUAGGCUUAAAUAUGUAUCGAACACAAGUUGCUUCAGAUUAUUUGAAUCUAUUGAACUUUCUCCAUAAAAUUAAUUACACUCCAUACAGAUUCUUAAUGAUAUUUAAUAGUGUGUUUUUUCAUGACAGUGCAUAAAUUAUAUCAAGUGCCUUUCUCUUGUAAUUAUUGUAUGUGAAGGAAUAGUGAUUUAAUUAUUCAGUUAUUGUUCUGCAGGUCAUUAUAAACCAUUUGUAAGAUUAUCAUGCAUUGGUCUUGCCACAUUGUAUGUAAUUAUUUGCAAUAGAUGGUAGUCAUUUUUCUGAAAUCUUACAUAAUUAUAAUAAAUAUUUAAGAAAAUAAAGAUAUUUUAUAGUUA